AUGUCGCCCCGGAUUCGAAUAGCCCUCGCGAUUUUAGCUCGACCAGCUACCCGCAAAUGCCCCGCGCACUUCGCAGCUCCUCUUGGCAGCUUCCACCCAAAACUGACCUGGAGCUCCGUCCGGUGCUUCGCUACGCACACUGAACGGCCUAUCCCAGGCUCAUCGGCUGGCCCGGCUGGCUCCUCCUCAUCUUCAUCUGCACCAUCGACGGAAGACCUGCUCCGCCGGCUGGAAGCCGAUGCUCGGAAAGGGGGGUCUGGUUUCCGAGGCCAAGAGACCGUCGGACCGUUCCCCCUAGGCGUUGGGCCGAGUGGAAGGAGUAAAGGCUGGAAGAGAUGGGGUGAGCUGGGUAUAGGCGGGAAGGUGGCUCGGGCAGGGCGACAAACCGGGAACCUCUCGGUCAUCCUCGUCGGCGGGACCCUAUUCGUCAUUCUCGCCUUCGCACUCUCAACCGAGCUGUUUGCAAAGAACUCUCCGUCCGUAUUGUACUCACAAGCCGUAGAUCUCAUCCGAGCGAGUGACGCCCUCAACGCCCACCUUCUCCCCCCACUCUCAUUCACCCACACCCCACACGCCGCCGCACCCAUCCGCGGCUCCCCGCCCCUUCCACACCGGAACGUCCUCCAUCCUCGAUCAGGCCGGGAACACAUGCUCCUCACUUUCUGGGUACACGGGCGGGGUAUAGGCGAGGAAGAACCACUGGGUUUCGUAAAGCGGUAUUACAGGACGGUAUUGGAGUAUGGGCAUAGAGCUGGGGAAUGGGCGGGGCUGGUUCCUCCUUCUUCGGCGGCGGCGGUAGCGUCGGCGUCGACGUCGACAGCGGAGAGGCUGGAGAGCGCUAGUAAGGCCGGGGUGGAGCCGGCGAGGGACGAAGGGAGUGGAUGGUUAGGCGGGAUGCUUGGCGGGUUUAGCGGCCUGAGGGGCGGGGCGGCGCAGAAGAUUUCGGGAGGGAGUACGAGGGGCGCGCCGCCGCCGGGGACGUAUAAGGUCGGGGAGGUACAUGGGGACUAUGUCAAGAAUGCUGCUGGACAAUAUCAACUCUUAUCCCUCGUCAUCGACAUUCCCGGCUCGCACGCCUCUUAUCCUACUCGAGCAGUGGUCUUUUGGUCGCCUGAAGCAGAUACGGAGGGACUACAGGGACGGAAGAGAUAG